AAUUUUUCUUUCUUUAGUUGAUAUUUCCUUAUCUAAAGCUUGAAUGCUUAUAUUAUGACCUUGGACUACCAUAUAGAGACCAAACAAAUGACCAAGUAACAUUAGAUGCUGCUAUGGCUAUUAAGAAACACAGUGUCGGUAUUAAAUGUGCUACAAUCACUCCAGAUGAAGCUCGAGUUAAAGAGUUUAAUUUAAAGAAAAUGUGGCCAAGUCCAAAUGGAACUGUAAGAAACAUUUUGGGUGGCACAGUAUUUCGUGAGCCAAUAAUCUGUAAGUCUAUACCUCGACUAGUGCCUGGUUGGUCCAAGCCAAUUGUAAUUGGAAGGCAUGCUCAUGGAGAUCAAUACAAGUGCACAGAUCUUGUAAUAGAAAAACCUGGCAGAGUUGAAAUUUUAUAUACACCCCAUGAUGGAAGUGGCGCAAAGAAAGUUGAGGUCUUUAAUUUUCAAGAAUCCGGAGGAGUGACAAUGGGAAUGUAUAAUACAGAUGAUUCAAUCAAAGGAUUUGCUAAAAGCUGUUUUGAAUAUGCUACCAUGAAGAAAUGGCCCUUGUACCUGAGCACAAAAAAUACUAUUCUCAAAAGUUAUGAUGGCAGAUUUAAAGAUAUUUUCCAAGAAAUAUAUGACAGGGAUUACAAGAGUAAAUUCGAGAGCCUUGGAAUCUGGUAUGAACAUAGGCUAAUUGAUGAUAUGGUUGCUCAAGCUUUGAAAUCAUCAGGUGGUUUUGUUUGGGCCUGUAAAAAUUAUGAUGGUGAUGUGCAGUCGGAUGUCGUUGCUCAAGGUUAUGGCUCUCUUGGUUUGAUGACAAGUGUAUUAGUGUGUCCCGAUGGUAAAACCAUUGAAUCUGAAGCAGCUCAUGGAACAGUCACCAGGCAUUAUCGAGAGCACCAAAAGGGUAAACCAACAAGUACAAAUCCUAUUGCUAGUAUCUUUGCAUGGACACGAGGCUUAGAACAUAGGGCGAAAUUGGACUCGAAUCAAGACUUGAAGAAGUUUUGUAAAACUUUGGAGAAGGCAUGUGUCGACACAGUGGAUUCUGGGAAGAUGACAAAAGAUUUAGCUGGUUGCAUUCAUGGAAUUAAAAAUGUAAAAGAAUCUGAUUAUUUAUAUACUAUGGACUUCUUGGAUGCUAUUGCUCAAGAACUUGAAAAACAAUUGAAGUUAUAAAUAUUUGUUUUUGUGUUAAAAAGCAUGAAUGAUUUUACUUCCUUAAUUCAAGGAUGGGGGAAGAAAUUGCACUCUAAAUUUUAAUAUUUUGAACACCACAGGAAACUUUGAUAUGUAUAUUUGACUAGUUAGGUAUGUAAGUGAUAUCUCAUGUGAAAAAGGAAAACAUCUGUAUAAUAUGCACAAAAUUCUGUCUUUAUUCUAUAAAACUCUGAUAAUAAAAAUCCUUUCUCUAAUAUAUUAAAAAUGUUGAAAGAUUUAAAAUUUAUUCCUUGUGCAACUGUGCAUUUCCAUUGCUGGAUUCUACGAACGUAGGUUCAGAGGUGCAGCUGCUCGAGAUGUGUGUCCAUAUGUUUUACCUAUUUAUAUCUUUUAAACUAAUUUUCAUAAUCAAUGAUAUCCUUCAUUGGGUAACUUAUUUAUUGAUUAGGCUCCCAUUUUUGUGUAUCUAUUUAAUAUUUAUAUUUUCUCAUUCUCCGUGAAAUGCAUAUGUUGUACAAAUUGACAUUUUCUUGCAUUUAAAGAAACAGUGCUUGUAUAUAUUGUGUACUUGUAUGCAAAAGAUUUUUUAACAUUAAUUUGAUAAAAACUUAAUUCAAAUAUGUACUGCCAAAAUAUAUCUGUUAACUCUUUCCUAGCUGUGAGAAACAGUAUUUAUUAAAGAAUACAAGUAUUAAUUUGUAUGCAACAUCUUAUGUAAAACAGACUUGCCUUGUAAUAUCUUUUGACAAUAGGCAAUAAAGUGUAUUUUUACUUUUA